GUGGAACUAAGCAGCUAUGUUCUAAACAGUGAACCGGCUGAGCCCAUUUUGUCGGAAUUGGUAACUGCAUUGCUGAGUGGUUGCAGAGAUACAGACUACCGAACUCAGAUUCUGUAUGGACAGUGUUUGGGAGAUCUGGGAGCCAUUGACGCUGGGAGGUUGGAAUUGAUCACAAAACGACCUGAUGUAAAGUUGGCCAACUUUCACCCAUCAGUCAGUAACGACGACUUUGCCUAUGAACUUAUUAAUGUGGUUGUUAAGGCAUUUCUUGCAGCCACUGAGCCACGAGUUCAAGACAGCGCCUCAUUUGCCUUGCAAGAAUUGCUGCAGAUUUACAAAAUUCGAGAACCUGGCGAUAACCAGAGUGCCAAAUCCAAGGGCAAACUAUGGGACCGUUUUCCUGAUCAGACUCAAGAAAUCCUCAUUCCUCUGCUGAACUCUAA